AUGGACGAUUUUCUAUGGAUCUACUCGGGCAAAGCCACCAGUUCCGAUAUGGCCAAGCUCUUCUACGCCGGUCGUGUAUCUAUCAGCGGUUACGCCUUCCGCACAGUCUCCAAGUUUGCGCAGAGCUUUGAUUUCUCGUCUGAAAAGUGGCGCAGCUUCUACGCAUGGCGGAGAGCGCAGGACGAGAAGAACGACAGCAGCCGGUCACCCAGCGCACUGGAGGAGGCCAGGAAUGUCGGAUCUCCUUCACGGGACUACUGGUUCUUCCACGCACGAACCAUAUUGGACAGCUACAACGUCACCAGACUGCAGCGUCUACUUUGGCAGACGUCGCUGGCCAGUCUUUUCGGAGGGAAGAUCGUCUUGGAGAGCGUGCGUAGUACAACCGCGCGGGACAGGAAAGUCGCGUCUGGCAGGUUCAGCGUCGUUGCGAGUGUCGUAGGAAACGCUGGCCCCGUGUCGGCGGUCUUGAAGCGGCGUGUAACAGCAACUAUUGCGCCAGGUCAGCUUUACAACGAACGCGAACUGCGCGCCCAGUUGGAGAAGUAUCUGCGUCCCUGCUCAAAGCAAUCGGCUGCUGUCGUCGAGUCGUUCGCGGAUUAUGUCGAGGCUGUCAAGCUCAGCGCCAAGGAACGUCUGCAACGUCGUCACCACCGCAACCGUGUUGAUCUGGGUGAUGCAGGCAUGGAACAGCUGGAUAAACUAGUCAAGGUGAUUGGCAAAGGUGGCCACUCGAACUUGAAGCGCGACAACCGCUCCAAGUACGUCCCAGCCCCCGAGUUGCUGUUGCGUGAGUUCCGUGUGAACGUGACUGUUCUCAUGGAUACUUUGAAAGAGAAGGCAUCGGGUCGCAAGGCGUUGCACAAGAUUCCCGCGCCAGAAAUUGAUUGGUUGGUGCGCAACGGGCGCUCUGGUAGUAUGAUAUCUUCCCUCAUUAAGGCCAAGUUCGAGUCGAUUUCGCGUGAGCUGGCCAACCAGAGGAACCCAGUGGUGUCGCACUUUGAUGAGCACUUGGUAUUCUCCGACUACCUAUAG